ACAGAGCAGAUCAAAACUCUUCUUGAAGAGAAACUCCAGCCUUACAAAAUGGAGAUUGCCAAGGAUGGUGCGAAGGCAGUGAUGUUGGUGUCUGAAUUUAAGGCCUCCAUUUACACUCAUGCCAUGGCUCUUAUUCGCUGUGCUGAAGAUGUGAUCCACACAGUAUCGGAGAUCCGGUUGCUUGAUGGUCAGACCAGGGAGCGCUGGGUGUUGGAUCUGGAGAGGCUGAAGGAGAAACUCCACUCUGCUGUGCACUUCAUUCUCCAAACCCUCCGGGCAGUUUCCAGCUACCAUCAUUACUACAGCAAGGCCAGCAGCUGGUACAGGCUGGUCCUCUGUGAGAACUUCCUCCAGGAACUCCUGUCAGGUGUUAGCGGAGACGACGUUUCCAAACAGACCAGGAACUGGGGGACGAUCCCUGCAUGGAGGUACAAGAUGUCUGCUUUUCUGAAGAAGAAUCCCCCUCCAGAUAUGGAGGAGCUGGUUCAUCUGGCUCAUCUGUCUCAGGCCAUCCUAGAUGGCGAUGUCCAGGAGGCGGGCAAGCAGAUGUCUCACCGGUGCAUGACUUUGAGGAAACUUCUAAUUUCUUCGGGACCUGUGGCUGUCGGUCCCCUCCAGCUGGCCUUACAGUGGCAGUAUGAGUUUUUGCGUAGCAGCCAUGCCAAUUCCUCUGCGGACAGCGCUACAAACGGAACAGUUGAAGAUGUUCAAGACCUCAAUACAUGUGAAGGUGCUAAGGAAGCAGCCCAUCUUCUCGGAAAGUCUCCAUCCACUGCGGUUCCUCGGAUGGUGUCGUCUGAAGGCAAACCCCCCUCCCUCAGCUCAUUUGACUCAGGCUUCGAUGGAGCCGGGGGCAGCCAGCUGGAGACCUGUGGAGGGAGGGAAGGAUUAGAAGGUCCUCUGUUCAGAUUGGCUGGGACCAGGGACUCUGUAAGAACUGCCACGACCCAGCCUCUAACGGACAAUAUCUCAGAUUGUGAAGAUCAGAGAGAGGAGUUUGGCUCUGUGGGAAACUCCUCCAUGGCCUGCAUCCAACUCAUCCCUAAAGGAACCGUGGAAUCUCUAAACUUAGAGAUCAAAGUGAAGCGUUCAGCCGCGCGACCCAAUAAUCCUUGGCUAAGCUUGCCGGUAGACGAUCUGGAAAAAUCGUACACAGUUACCAUCACGCAGAACCAAACGCCGCAAAAGAGAGACGGACAAUUCCAAGAUCCCUCUGGCCCCAACCAGUCCAACAAGUCUCCAGAUCCACCCACACAGACUGACGGGUUGAGCAGUACGCAGCCCAGAGGACCACAGAGCAGGAGACGGACACUGCAUAAACAAAGCACUUUGGAGGAUCCUCAACUAAGUCCCAUUUGCAACAUCCUCUCCAGCACUAUUACAGAUGAAAGGGACAAGUCCAUCUGCACCACAGAGGGGAGUCCCACUCUUCUCUGGGAUUCUUAUGACCUCCAUGACCAGGAACCGGAUGCUGUCGAUGGUGUGUUUGAUAUUUCCCUGAAUGACUGGGAUGUGAAAGAGCAGGAGGAUUUGAGGGAAGUGGAAAAGAUCCUGGACAGGGCUGAUAAAAUACUAGAGAAAGAAGAAACAGUUCUGGCUCAGGAGGCUGUGCUAGAUGCCCUGCUGAGGUCUGAGGACCGGCAGAAUCAGUGGCCGUUGUGGGACAGUGAGGACCAUCUCUGUGUGAUGUCCUCUAGUGAGCUGGCUGAAGCCGGCAUUCUUGGCCUCGAGGAUUACCUUGACCCUGCAGAAUCUGACAACCUAAGUGGACCUAGAUCAACUGGAUCUGUGGGUGAAACUAAGGCCUCUGAAGAUGGAGGGCGCUGUGCUGAAGCUGCCACAGGAGCAGAAAUGGUAGAGUUUCACAGCUGGCCGGACCUGCUGACGGAGCUAAGAAAAGUCCACGUCCUGGAUGAACUGAUCGUGGAGGAGAACCUGAAGAUCCACCAGCUCCGAUGCUGCGAAGAAAACCCCAAAGAGGAACUCUGUGUGAGCAAACCUGGGGAUUUAGAGGGACCGUCGAGUACGAGCAAAGAGAGGGAGUCGUUUCGGUUCCAACUGGAAAAGGAGAAAAGGGAAGUGGAGAAGCUUGAGAAGAGUUUGAAUGCUGAGCGUAAAAUGAAGAAGCACAAGGACGCAGCUAAAAAGGUUGUAAAAUGUUCAAUUAUGGAGAAGGCUAGAAGUGAGAAUAAGAAGGACCCAGCCCUCUGUGAUGAGCUUUUAUCAACGUCUUUGGUCCUGAACCAUGCUCAGGAUUCCUGUAAAACUGAAAAUAUAAAAGUAUUGGGUUCUGAUACAAAAGCGGCUACGCCACAAGACCUGGUACAACUUCCAGAUUCCCAGUGUCAAGAUGAUUGCUCUGGAGCCGAGCCAUCAGUAUUUAACAGUGCUACCUUUAAUAAUACCUGUGAUUUAAAGGAACCUCCUGAAGAGUUGGGGAUCCAACCUGAGGGAUGCAUCCAUGGGAAAAAUAUGGACGGAUCUUGUGAAAAUGCUUCAACCUCGGAAAUGAGGCCAGAAGAUGGAGUCUUUGACCCAGGCAGAAAUUCGCACCUCCCUCUUGCACUCAAGCAGAGAAAGGCUUUGCUCCCUGUGAAUGGCGACCUCGCUGAACACAAGCUCCCUCAUUCCACAGAGCUGCAGGAUCCCGCUCGGUCCUCAGUUUCACAAGAUCCGGGUUUUGUGCAAUGUGAUCUUCAAGAUAAACAACAUGAAGUGCUGCCAGAGACUGUGAAUGCAGCCAUCAGUCACACCUUGGUUGUCAGUCCAAAUGGGGAGGAACACAGCAACAACAACAAUAACAACCAUGCACUUACUGAGAAAUACAAGGUGUCAUCAGACCACUUGUCUGAAAUAAGCACUAAAGAUGAAGAUGAUACACCUGUGGUAGCUGCUUGUUUGGAACAGCCACAUUUACACCCGGCUAAGGAAGGCCAGACUGUAUCUCCUGCAGAUGAGUGCCCACCUCAGCCGACCACACCUCAGCCGUGUCCUGGCCAGCCUCUGGAGUUUGACCCCGGGGGCAGAGAUGAGCAGAACGAAUACUUGCCUGUUCAGAGCUCUGAGGCCAUGAGGAUAUCUGGCUCUGGGUCACCUGGGAUUCAGGCCCAGCUUAACAGCAACAUGAGAGAGAUGACAGAUUUCAAGACCCCCAUAGUACUGGAUACAGGCUCUGGUUUGAUGAAAGCAGGAUUUGCAGAUCAAGACCUCCCAAACAUCAUAUUCCCAACAAUUAUUGGGAUGCCAAAAUACGAGGAAAUAAUGAAUGGGAACCUUGAAAGGGAGACCUACAUCGGACAUGAAGCUCAACACAUGAGGGGGGUCCUGGCUCUGAAGCAUCCCAUAAAGAACGGGAUCAUUCGGAACUGGGACGAAAUGGAAAAGAUUUGGCAUCACACGUUCCAGCAGCUGUGCGUGGACCCAGACGAGCACCCCGUCCUGCUGACCGAGGCAGCCAUGAACCCUUCGGAGAACCGGCAGCGCAUGGUGGAGAUCAUGUUUGAGUGUUUCAACGUUCCCUUCACCUACGUGGCCAUGCAGGCAGUGCUGGCCCUGUAUGCAGCAGGGAGAUCCACUGGUGUGGUGUUUGACUCUGGAGACGGAGUGAGCCACAGUGUACCUGUGUUCGAGGGCUACAGUCUACCUCAUGCAGUGCAGCGCUUCCCUCUGGCUGGUGUUGAUGUGACAAUGCAUCUUAAAAAGCUUCUGCAGGAACAGGGGGUGUGCAUGCGCACCACAGCCGAGAUGGAGAUCGUGAGGGACAUGAAGGAGAAGUGCUGCUGUGUGGCUGUCGACCGUGACGCCGAACUGAGUCCCGGGGCGGCGUCCUGCAGAGAGAUGCAUUACACCAUGCCCGACGGGCAGAUCGUCACACUCGGCACGGAGCGGUUCAGGGCCCCUGAGAUUCUGUUUAAACCCGAGCUGAUUGGACGGGACCAUUACGGGAUGCACGAGAGCGUCUUCAAGUCAAUCCUCAGCUCUGACAUUGACCUGCGACGCUGCUUCCUGGGAAAUAUCGUACUGUCAGGGGGGAACACUCUGCUGCCUGGCCUGCCUGAGCGCCUCCAGGCUGAAAUCAAAGGCCUGCUUCCCACCGCCAUGGGCCAGAGCGUUCGCGUCACCAGCCCGAAGGACAGAGACUUCUCAGUGUGGAGGGGAGGGGCGGUGCUAGCCCAGCUACCCACCUUCAGCUCGGCUUGGAUCAGUCUGGAGGAGUACGAAGAGUACGGGCCGCAGAUUGUCUUCAGGAAGUGCUUCUGAGACGGACCUGUAAGGCGUGCACACCGGACUCCUGUGUAGUGCACCACUUGAUUUAAAUUCCACAAGUGCAAUAUACAUACAGCUCCAACACAGUGCCAAGGGCUUGGAUGAGCCUUUCUACGUGUCUUAUGUCUUUGCUUCUCUGUGGCGUCAGUUUCACCCUCGCCAUCAGUGUGGAUCCUAAACUGUGAGCUCUUCAUAAACACCAGUGGGUUUCUAUUGACCUGCUGCUUGCUUCAUGCCUCAUCUGAGAGCCACCAACAUGAAAUUGGGUGUUUGUCAAAAUUUCUCUCAGUCAAUGUUAUUGUCCCUCAAGAACCUUUUUAACUGUGUCUUAAGUUUCCAUAUUUGGGGAAAUGUAUUUCUGUGUCAAGAUUUUAAGCGCAAGUAUAUUAAUGUUUGUGGUCAAGGGACGAGAAUUGAAGCUGGCCUUUGAUCGAUGUCUGCCAACGUUGUUUCCAGGUUAAGCAGUUGAGGGACAUAAAGAGAACUCAAUGUGCUGACUCCAGAUAUAUAAAUAUAUUAAUCUAAUAUCAAAUUAUGGUGUACCACAGUUUUAAGUAUAUUUGGUGUAAUAAAUGAUCUCUGUGUUAGAAAUGGUGAAAGUUAUUUUGAAAUUUGGAUCAGUUCAACUGUGCAGUGUUAACAACUAAUUAUUU